UAAACAAGAUGGCGGCACCCUGGCGAGAUCCCCGGGGAAUAAGAUCGCCCUCUCUCCUGAGACGCUUGGGCACUUUAUCAGCUGGAGGCCCAUCGACAUGGUUGAAUUCAGAAAAAAGGCACCAGUCUGGUUGGUCUCUUUUUUCCUCUGGACAGAGGGCGAAAAGUACUUUGAACAGAGGCUCCUCCCACUUGCUCCAGCAACUCAUUCGCCGCUCUCAGGACGAGGAACAGGGAGAAGGGGAAUCCGAGGAGUCCUCAAAAUCCGAAAUGCUGAAUUUGGAGGAAGAAUUUGAUGGGGUCCUGACAGAGCAGGCUGUGGCCAAGGCCUUGCAUGAAUUGGGGCGCUCAGGCUCUGGGACUGAACAGGUCUACCUCAACCUAACUUUGUCAGAUUGUGACUUAACCAACAUUAGCAUUUUGAGUGGAUAUGUUCACCUGCAGAAGUUGGAUCUUUCAGUGAAUAAAAUUGAAGAUUUGUCUUGUGUGAGUUACAUGCCUUAUCUUCUAGAACUUAACGCUUCUCAAAAUAAACUGACUACAUUCUUCAACUUCAAGCCACCCAAAAAUCUCAAGAAGGUGGAUUUUUCCUACAACCAAAUCUCUGAAAUGUCUGAUUUGUCAGCAUACCGUGCUCUCACUCAACUAAUUUUGGACAACAAUGAAAUAGAAGAAAUCAGUGGACUUGAGAUGUGCCACAGUCUAAUUCACCUUAGUUUGGCCAACAACAAGAUCACAACUAUUAAGGGAUUAAACAUGUUACCAAUCAAAAUACUUUGUCUGAGCAAUAACCAGAUUCAGAAGGUCAUAGGUUUGGAAGAUCUGAAAGUACUGCAGAACUUGGAUUUGUCCCACAAUCAAAUAAGUAGCCUCCAAGGCUUGGAGCAUCAUAACCUCCUGGAAGAAAUCAACCUAGAGGAUAACAAGAUUGCUGAACUGGAUGAAAUAAAAUACAUUGAAAAUCUUCCAAUCCUUCGAAUUCUCAAUCUUCGAAGAAAUCCCAUUCAGGAGAAAUCUGAAUACUGGCUCUUUGUAAUAUUUAUGCUACUGCGAUUAACAGAAUUAGAUAAGAAGAAAAUUAAAGUGGAAGAAAAGGUCGCAGCAGUGAAUAAGUAUGACCCUCCUCCUGAAAUGGUCGCAGCCCAGGAUCACCUGACCCAUGUUGUCAACAGUGUGAUGCAGCCUCAGAGGAUCUUUGACAGCACCCUUCCCAGUUUGGACGCCCCUUAUCCCAUGCUGAUACUAGCGGGGCCUCAAGCUUGUGGGAAACGAGAACUUGCUCACCGCCUCUGCAGACAGUUUAAUACUUACUUCAGAUAUGGGGCCUGUCACACUACAAGGCCACCAUACUUUGGAGAAGGGGAUCGAGUUGAUUAUCAUUUUAUCUCUCAAGAAGUUUUUGAUGAAAUGCUCAACAUGGGGAAAUUCAUUCUAACAUUUAAUUAUGGCAAUUACAGUUAUGGAUUAAAUAGGGACACCGUGGAAGGUAUCGCAAGAGAUGGGUUAGCAAGCUGUAUCCAUAUGGAAAUAGAAGGUGUAAGAAGUUUGAAAUAUUCCUAUUUUGAACCUCGAUAUAUCUUGGUGCUACCCAUGAAUAAGAAAACAUAUGAGGGAUACUUGCGGAGAAAAGGAUUAUUCAGUCGUGCAGAAAUUGAACUUGCUGUCUCCAGAGUGGACCUUUAUAUUAAAAUUAAUCAGAAAUUUCCAGGUUACUUUGAUGCAGUAAUCAAUGCAGACGAUCUGGAUGUUGCCUACCAAAAGCUGAGUCAGCUCAUUAGGGAGUACCUGGGAUUGGCUGAAGAACCUGCCAAGGGCCUGGCUCCAACUGCAGCAGGAGCCCCCUCUAGCAAGAAGACUGUCUCUGGGGUACCAGCACACCUGGUUCCCUCCCCUAGACGCCUGGCAAAACUGCAAGAAGAUGGCCAGAUAACAGAGCAUCUCUCUGGGCAGGUUCAUGUAAAGGUCCCAGAAAAUCAGAACCCAGCUCCCUCCCAGAACGAAGAGCUGGCCCAGGAGGAAGAAACCCAGAAGAAAGAGCUGAUUCCCAGUAGCCUCGUCUCCUCAGAGCAGGCCCAGCAGCUGAGCUCACCAGCACUUGGCAUUCCUCAGCAGACCCAGGAUGUGUCCCCACAGCCGAUGGAAGAGGGUGCUCAACAGUCAGGUCUUUCUCCAAAAAUAACAACCACUGAGACAGAUGUCUCUGAAAGCGAGGCCCAGCCUUUGGAGGGGGAAGCAGAUGAAGGAGAGCAGGCCUCCAUCACGGUUUCCCACAUCCUGCCUCAACACCCUGACCCUCCUCCACCCCACAAGCCUCCUUCAGACCAGGAUGAGGAAUCAGGAGAGGCCAGGGUAGCUCCUAGCAGUCCUCCCCUGUCUGAACCUGCACAGGACCCAGCUUCUCUCAACCCUCAGAAAGUCCAGGAUGCAGAGACUGAGUCCUCCACUGCCCCGCCCAGCAGUUCCCACCAGGAUCCUCCAGAAGAUCCUUCCCACUCGGACUCAGUGAAGGAGCUUGGUGGAGGCUCUCAGUCACUUCUGAAGGAGGAAACCCCCAAGACAGGAGCAGCCCGUGUCAGUACUCCUUUCCCUGAACUGCUGCCUCCCCAAGACUCAUUCACUAGUGCGAAACAGCACCAGGAUGGGGAACAUUCAGCGGCUUUGCUCACCAGAAGCCGCCUGGCUCCUACCAGGCUGCCACAACCUCAGACCCUCGCACCCCUGCAGAGCAGGAGGCCUACCCCCAAGCUCCUCUCACCCAGCAGGGAAGAAUCUUCCAGAACAAGCUCUGAUCAAACCAUGACUUCUCCCAGGCCUCUCCCCACUCAGGAAGCAGACCCUGGUAAACUUCCUGCCAUCAGUCCUCCCCAAUCCAAACUGCCCUCAAAUCUAAGCCCCCAUGCUGCCCACACUGCUCAGCAAGUCCAGGAAGAGAAAGUCAGUGAGGUGAAACUCCCUCUUAUCAGUCCCCCUGUCCAGGACCAAGGACCACAGCACGUGCCCAACACAUCCCAGGAGGAGGCUUCAACUGUCAGGCUCCCUCAGAUUCCUACUCCCUUCGCAGAACCACAGCCACCUGGGACCAAGGAGGCUUAUCCUGAUCCGAAGCCUGCAAAGGAAAGGAAAGCUUCCAAAGCAGGCCAUCCUUCUGGCAAGAAGAUCCCAGAUAUGCAGGCUUCACCCCAAAGCCAAAAACCCUUGCAGCUUGAGGGAGCUAAGAAAAAAAAACUCCCUCUCCAAAGAGAGGCAGCUACAGGAUCAGCACAUCUGAGAAAGGCACCAUCUGGAGGCCCACAGAUGACCUUGCAGCUGGAGUCCCCUAGCAAGCCAGCUCCCACAAAGGUGCCUACUCAUCCUGAUCCCAGCCCUUCUCCAGGUCCCCAAGGGAACCAAAGGCAACAAGUCCCCCUGGCAGGAAUUUCUGAGCUACCCCACACUGACUCACAACCCAAAGACCCCCAAGCACAGAAAGACAAAAGGGAAAAAAUGCAUCAUUCCAGAAAAAAAGCCCAGACUAACCUGUCCCCAAAUGAAUUCAAAAAAGGACAAUCUUUCAAAAGAGAGGUUUCUCAAGGAUCAUCUAAAGAAGAUGAAACUGCCCUCAGUGGUGAUCAGCCAAUUCAAGAGAGUCAACCUGUACAAAAGAGGCCCCUACAAAGUGAAAAAGACUCUACAGAGUCAAUACAGGGCCACCCUGUUGCUGUGGUGCAUCCAGUGAGUAGAGACCAGCUCCACAAAAGGGAAAGGUCUCAGAAGAGAGAAACUGUGUCAGAACCGCCUGAGAAAAAGAGCGCAUCCCAUAAAGGCAGUGGUCAGAUUAGAGAGCGCUCUGUCCAAAGGGAUAGUGUACCAACAUCCAAGCCACAAACCAAAGACAAAAGAACCCGAAGAAAUGGGGGCAUUGCACAAGACAGAAGCACUGCUGCUCCCCAGGGUCAGGUGUCUGCCAAGGAACAAGGCAGCUGGCCUGGACGGCUGCGAGCCCGGGGCAGUCAGAGCACCGCAGUGUGAGCCCUCCCUGGAGCCACUAGGUGGCUUUUACCACACAGGUGAAAAACUAUGAUGAUACUACUCUGAAUCACACAUUGGCUUUCUUCUGCAAGCACAGGUCACCUCAGUGAGAGGAACCAACUCAGUAUAGCACCCAGCAGGGACAAAUCUUGCCCUUCCAUGCCUGUUGCACAGCUCACCAUUGCAGCAGGAGGAGCAGCUCUUGCAAAGGGAGGCAACAGUCGUGGGAGACAGUGAGGUCAGUUGCUGCCAACCAACAGCCCGGUCCUGAAGGCUAAUAUCAGCAAGGAGCCUUAGUGUCCAGACAUUAAACAAACAGCAGCUCCAGCUCUGACUGGAACAGGGCCAAAUUGCCACUAUGUUUUACAGUAGGAAAAUUCACUUCUAGAUUAGAAAACGUUCUCAUGCCUCUUGCAUUCUGGAGAGGUCCAGAACAAAAAGAACUGUGGAAAAGUUCUGUUUCUGGAGAUACCCAAUUACAGUUAAUUUAACUUCCAUGGGGAAAAGAUUACAUUUUGCAUGCAUGACACUGAUCAAACACUUCUGAAUGGUGUUGGCAUAUGUUACCUGGAAUUUACUUUUGUCUGAAAAGUAUUUCAGAAUGAAUACCUUCCUUCUCUCUUGGAACAGGAAUCUCAUGUAAAUUAGCCCAUGCCUUCAUUAUGCAACCAUCUGGUUGAAUCAGUUGGAAGAAUUAAUGGGAGGAAAAUCCAGGUAAAUCAGUUUUUCAUUAAUCUAUUCAUGAAUAUUCUGUUCUGUUGCUGGCAAAUGACAGGAGCUCAACUGGGGACAGCUUGUGUAAAUCUAUUCACAUAACCAAACCUUGGGGAGGGCAAGGAUGCAGCAGAUUCUUAGAGAGGUAGAGGACCAGUUAUUAAACAUCACCAGGAUUCUUACAUUUGCAGGACUCUUGUCAUCUUUCAGACUCUUGUCUAGGGUUUGCAUCAUUUCUCAUCUGUGAUUUUUCCCCCUAUGUUGGCUUCAUUCUUUGGACUACAAAUGAUCGUGUGUGUUUCUAUAUAUGGUAGAGAAUAUGGCCACCAACAGGUCGCAUGUUUACCUCUGGAUUUACUCCUGCAAAUUCUCACUAGUAUAACCAUCUACUUGGAAUGUUCCUUGGUCCUAAGAUUUACAAACAAACAAAGGAAAAACUGACUAGCCUUGCUUGGAUCAGGCCUUCAUUUGUAAACCAGUCUACUGUGGCCAGGACAAGGUUACCGCUAUAUAUAGUCCAUUGGAUCUGCUCCUGUGAAUGGAUACUACAUUCCAGAGAAGAAAAUAAUUGUGAACAAAACAAUCCAGGAUUCAGCUCUUCAGAAGCUUUGUCUACUGAGCAUUUUCUGUGUAUACAGGCAACACGCUAAGCUGUAUUUGGCGUACUGUAUUUUAAAAAUGUAACAUAACGGGAUGACUGUAGGGGUGCAUGUUGUCUUAUGUAAAGGAUGUAUAUCUAUGAAAAACUAUGAAUAUCAAACAUUUCAAUUUCUGUAGAGAAAAUUGAUAUUUAACAAUAUCUAGGACAUAUAAAUCUUCUUAUAAAAUAAGAAUUUCUUUUAACUAUGUAUGUUGGUAAUUGUCUUCUGAUCUGUUUUGUCAAAAAUAAAAAUUAGAGGAUGAUUUUAAAAUGCAUACCAUAAUCAUGUUUAUUAGGUCACUAAUCCAGUAAGCAUUUACUGAGUAUUUCCUAUGUGCCAUUCUAUAAAGUUAUUAGAUACAGUGAAAUGAUCAGAACCCUUCAAGGCAAAAAAAGAAGUUCAUUUUACUGCCAUGUAAUUAAGGCAACUGGAGAUCCCACAGCAUAGUAAGCAAAUAUUUGGCAUUCCAUGGACAAUAAAACUCACUUUUCCAAACUUUUAAGGGGAACAAGGAAGGAAGCUGAAUUCAGCCUUAUCUCAGUGAACACAUUCAGCAGAAGGUCAUCUUUGUUCAGCUGAGUCAUCUUAAGGUUGUAGAAUUGGCAGACUGAUGGGGAAGGGAACGUUUUCUUAGAAGGAGCAGCAUGUGCCUAAGUAAACACAGAGUUACAAGUAGCUAUCAUGUUCUGAGCAUCUAAAUACCAGGAGGGCCUUUUGUGCCAUGCUCUGUAGAUCCAAAGGACCUUUUGUGCCAUGCUGAGGAGGUUGGAAACUUGUUCUUGUAAUAACAUGGAAUCCCUGAAUAACCCGAUUAAAUUUGUACCUUAAUGGCAUCUUUCUGGAGGUGCAGUAACGGAAGAAGAUUAAGGAGGGCAGCUGGAGGCCAUAUGAAGGCUGGCACGCUAUGGCAGUCAUCUAUAGGGUUCUGAAGGCAGUGGCUGCAGGAAGGAGGAUCCUAGAUUGGGUGUGGCUAGUUUGGGUAUUGUGGAGAGUGGAAUACAGCUGCCAGUGUCUCAUUCAGAUGAACUUUAGAAACUUGUGCUCUUUGGCAUGUGGUUUUUGAGGCUUUCAGACUGAGGUUUUUAAUAGUAUUUGGGAAGCACUAAACACAUUUUUCAUCUGACUCAGUGGAAACUCAAAUCUCCCUCCCCUUUUUCUCUGGAAAUCCUAAGGCUAAUAGUUUUUUUGCUUGUGUCUUUGAUAAUAUAGCUUGUUGCUAAAUUCAGUGCAGCUGGACAACAUUUUGUUUGUGGUCCAAGGAAAAAAUGUAAAAGAUUGUUAACUUGCUUCUAGUGAGAAGAUUUUACUGAUGUUAUUGAUUGAUGUAAGGGAAAUCUCUAAUCUGCAGGGUAGAAGAUAAAUAUUUUAAAAUGCUCAUUUACAUUGACAAGCAAAGUUCCUAUCCUUUUCUCUUGAUAUGUUUCUCAACAAAAUGAUUUUUAGAGGGAAAAAGCAUUGUGGAUUUUAAAGCUACAAUAUCAAAAAUACUGUCUUCAGCUUCUGAGAGAAGUCUGGUACCUAGAAUUUAACCUUGCUAUGUUAAAAUGGAGUAGACUUUUUUGAAAAUCAAGUUGUCAAAGUGGAGAACAAGUUAAUGUCUAUGUUAGUGAGUUUUCUGUGUCAUCCAUGGAAAGUAAAUUAGCAGACCUUUUGAACAGUUUUCCAGUAUAUGUCAAAGACUAAAAACUGUGUAUUUUUAAUCUAAUAGUUUAAAACCAGGAAUUAUCAUGAGGAAAUCAUUAUGUGCAAGGAUAUACAUAUCAAAUUUUUAUAUAAAAAUCUCAAAAUAACCUAGUCAACUAAUGGAUUUUUAAAAAUAAGUUAAGGUACAGCCUUGUGCUAGAGUGCUGGGUAGUCAUUAUAACUAUGUUGUAGAAUAUUCUCUUAGAGGAAAACAUUCAUGACAUAGUAAAGAGAAAGCAGGUUAAGGAGAUAUGGCCAGUAGCUAUGGGUUGUUAGAUUAGGGGUGAUUUUUAUUUUCUCAUUCAUACUUUAUAGGACUUUCUAUAAUAAAUCUGUGUUUAUUCAAAGAAAGUAAAUAGAAUUAAAUUGACACACACUUUGAAGAGCAAGCAUAUGAAAGCAGCAGCCUUAUUGUUCGUUU